CUCUCUCUCUCUCUCUGUCUGUGUGCACUGACAGGACCAAACUUCAGACUUCCACUGCGCCGGUUGGAUUCCAGUAUUUUGGAAGAGGGAAGAGAGGGGCUUGCCUUUGCCUCGCAGCGUGCAUGGAAACACAUCUGGACUGAGCAAAGACACUUCGCGCUCUUUCUUUUGUGGAUUUACACUACUCGGAAGCGAGGAGAGAAAUCGAUUCAUUUUGACUGAAAAAAAGAGAGAGAACUCGCCACAGUUAUGGAGCAGCCCACUAUGGAAUAUGCCGACACUUAUGAAUACUACGACUACAACGAGACUGCGUGCGACUUCUCCGAGUGGGAGCCGUCCUACUCGCUCAUCCCGGUAUUGUACAUGCUCAUUUUUAUCCUCGGCCUCUCCGGUAACGGCUUGGUCAUCUUCACCGUGUGGCGCGCCAAAGCCAAGCGCCGCGCCGCGGACGUUUACAUCGGCAACCUCGCCCUCGCCGACCUCACGUUCGUCAUAACCCUGCCGCUCUGGGCUGUCUACACCGCGUUGGGCUACCACUGGCCGUUCGGCGUGGCUCUGUGCAAGAUCAGCAGCUACGUGGUGCUGGUGAACAUGUACGCCAGCGUCUUCUGCCUCACCUGCCUGAGCUUCGACCGCUACCUCGCCAUCGUGCACUCCCUGUCCAGCGGGCACCUGCGCUCCCGCGACACCAUCAUGGCGUCUCUGGGUGGCAUCUGGCUGCUGUCGGGCGUGCUGGCGCUGCCCACGCUCCUCUUCCGCACCACCAUGGACGACGAGGCCAACAACCGCACCACCUGCGCCAUGGACUUCAGCCUGGUGGCUCCCAACCAGCACCACGAGUCCCUGUGGAUCGCCGGCCUCAGCCUCUCCUCCUCGGCGCUGGGCUUCCUGCUGCCCUUCCUGGCCAUGACCGUGUUCUACUGCUUCAUCGGCUGCACGGUGACGCGCCACUUCAGCCAGCUGCGCAAGGAGGACCAGAAGAAGCGUCGCCUGCUGAAGAUCAUCACCACCCUCGUGGUCGUCUUCGCACUGUGCUGGACGCCGUUCCACGUCCUCAAGAGCAUGGACGCGCUGUCCUACCUGGACCUGGCGCCGACUUCUUGCUCCUUCCUGCACUUCCUGCUGCUGGCGCACCCUUACGCCACCUGCCUGGCCUACGUCAACAGCUGCCUGAACCCCUUCCUCUACGCCUUCUUCGACCUGCGCUUCCGCUCGCAGUGCCUGUGCCUGCUCAGCCUGAAGAAGGCCAUGCACGGCCACAUGAGCUCCGUCAGCUCCACGCUCAGCGCCCAGACGCAGAAGAGCGAGGUGCAGUCGCUCGCCACCAAGGUCUGAGGAGGAUGAGGAAGAGGACAGCGGAGGAGGAGGAAGAGAGGAGAGAAGGACUGAGACUGAGAGAAGGAGGAGAAAAGAUGGGUAGAGAGCGUGGUGCAGUCGCUCACCACCAAGGUCUGAGGAGGAGGAGGAGAGGAGACAAGGAGGAAAAACAAAGCAUAGAAGGACUGGGAUGGAGGAGAGAAGCAGAGCGGAGAGGAGGAGGAUGGAGGAGAGAGUGAGGUGCAGCCACUCAUCAUCAAGGUGAUGAUGAGGAGAGGAGCAAGAUGCACUCACAGACAGAAAAGAGCGAGGCACAGGACUGAGGUGUACAAGAGAAGGGGAAACAGAAAAGGAGGAUGUGGAGAGGAACUGGAACUGGAGCUGAGAGUGAAUGAGUGGAGGUGGGUAGACGGUUGGCGGCUGGCUCCGUUAAACCGUCUGCUUUAGGUUGCGUUGUGUGUGUGUGAUCUGUGGACAAUUGAAGACAUUAUUGAUGUCCGGGACUACUUGCGCGCUUGUCUGUGAGUGUGUGUGACUUUUCCAUGGAGCUUCAAUGGACUCAAGAAAUUCUCCUGUGUAUAUAUCUAGACAUGUGAAUCAUCCCCCCUGUCUUGCUUUGUGCUUGUGUGUGUCAGUGUGUGUGAGAGCAAGGUGGAGAGAGAGAGAGCGAGUCGGUGUGUGUGUGUGUGUGUGUGUGUGUGUGUUACAGGGGGGGGACAGGAAGAGACGGUGUGUGUGUGUGCGGGUGGGUGUGUGGGCAUGCGUGAGACAGAGAAAGAGAGUGUGUGUCCUCCUGCAACUUGGGAGCCAGGUGCUGCUCAAUAUUCAAGCAAGUCAUUCAUGAAAACGUGCUUCUACGCUCAUUUAAACCUGUGUGUGUGCAUGUAUGUGUGUGUGUGUGUUUGUGCAUGUGUGCGUGUGUGUGUCACCAAACCCACUGUGUUUACACUGGUUUAAAAAGGAAUGCAAAUUGUACAGUAUUUUCCUACAUGCUUGUGCUUUUAUCACCUUAUGACAUAUUUUUUUGUCGUUAUACAGAAUGUGUAGCACUUCAAUGAAGAUGAACAUGUUGAAAUGUGUAUAUAUAUAUAUAUACAGUAUAUAUAUCCUGUGUGUGUGUG